AUGGUACUCCCAGGACUGAUUGUUGUGUUAAGGACCAAACUCCAUUUCCAGUUGGCAGUAGAUGUACAGAUACCAGAAUGUUUUGGAGGAGUGAACGGUGAAGCAAUUUUUAUUGACACAGAAGGAAGUUUUAUGGUUAGUAGAGUGGUAGACCUCGCUACUGCCUGUAUUCAUCACCUUCAUCUUGUAGCAGGAACUCAUAAGGAAAAGGAGUAUUCAGAAGCUUUGGAGGACUUCACUCUGGAAAAUAUUCUUUCCCAUAUUUAUUAUUUCCGUUGUUGUAACUACACAGAACUAUUGGCACAAGUUUACCUUCUUCCAGAAUUCCUUUCAGAACACUCAAAGGUUCGAUUAGUGAUAGUGGAUAGUAUUGCUAUCCCUUUUCGGAAUGAUAUUGAUGACCUAACUCUUCGUACUCGUUUACUAAAUGGCCUAUCUCAGCAAAUGAUCAGCCUUGCAAAUAAUCACAGAUUGGCUGUAAUUUUAACCAAUCAGAUGACGACAAAAAUUGAUAGAAAUCAAGCCUUAUUGGUUCCUGCAUUGGGAGAAAGCUGGGGACAUGCUGCUACAAUUCGGCUAAUCUUUCAGUGGGACCAAAAUCAAAGGUUGGCAACAUUAUACAAGUCACCGAGUCAGAAGGAAACUACGGUGCCAUUUGAAAUCACACCUCAAGGAUUUAGAGAUGCUGUUGUUGCUACUGCGUCUUCGUCGCCAGCAGAAGGUUCACUAAAUCCCCGGAAACGAUCACGAGAAUCAGAAUAA